AUGGAGAAUCGGAGACUGGUGGAGGUGUCGGACCACGAAGUUCGAAUCGACUUCGCACUGGGCUGCAAAUGCCGAGCCAACGUCCGCCUCACUUCUCUCAGUGCCAACACUCCCAUUGCCUUCAAGGUUCAAACCUCUUCGCCUCAGAAGUUUCUAGUGAGCCCACCCACUGGUCUUAUUCCUCCUUUGUCCUCCGCUGCCUUUCAAGUCAUCCUCAAGCCCCAAUCGCAGCCUCCGGCGAUGUUCCCUCGCUCGCCGACGGACCGUUUCCUCAUCAAAACCGCGCUCGCUGCGGAGUUCUCUACCCAGUCGACUCAACCGGAUUCCAUCAACUCGUGGUUCGCCUCCAGGCCGACGCAGGACCUGAAGCUUAAGGUGGUGUUCGUUGGGCCAUUCCUUCUCCGGCAUGCCGUCGCGGCUGGGGAUGUAGACGCCGCGAGGAACUUGAUCAAGCGGCAGAAGUCGGUGGUGGCGGAGAUGCUGCCAAGGGAAGCCGAGUCACUGCUCGGAGUCGCUUCCAAGUCUAACGAGAUGGUCGAGUUGCUGGUCGAAGCAGGGUUGAAGAGCGAGGCACGUGCGAAGAUUGAUAAGAUGAGUUUGGAAGAGGAGACCAGGUGGGCGUCGAAGGGGUGGACGGGGAUUCACGUGGCUGCAGCGUUUGAUCGGACGGAGGAGCUCGCGAGGCUGGUGAAGUUGCUGGGAUCUGGGCCGUUGGAUUUCAGGGAUAACGAGGGGAGGACGGCGCUGCACCUGGCAGUAAGUAAAGGAAAUAUCCAGUGUGCGAGGACGUUGGUGGAGGCGGGUGCGGACAAGGACGCCAAGAGUAAGGACGGUAGAACGGCGCUGUACAGAGCAGCCUCAAAUGGUGACCGUCCGAUGGCGGAGAUGCUGAUACAGAUAGGUGCGGACCCCACUAUCACCGCUGGCCAUCGUGGCCGUUCACCUCUUGAUAUUGCUCGCGAUAAGGGACACAAAGAGAUUGUGGAGAUCCUGGAGCAAGGGGAGACAGUACUAACCACAGCAAGACGGGGAGAGCUCAAGCCUCUGGAGCUCUUGCUGCAGAGAGGCGCAAGCAUCAACCACCGCGAUCAGUAUGGGUUGACAGCUCUCCAUGUGGCCGCAAUCAAAGGGCACAAGGAUGUCGCCCUGCUGCUCAUCAGGUUCGGGUUAGGCUUGGAGUGCCAGGACAGUGAAGGCCACGCGCCGCUGCAUUUGGCAGUGGAGGGCGGCAGCAUGGAGACAGUGGAGGUGUUGGUAGAUGAAGGAGCCAAUAUCAAUGCCAGGAGCAAGAGGGGUGCAACCCCUCUCUACAUGGCUAAUGCCUUGGGGUACCAUGACAUCGCUCAGUUUCUUGUAAACAGAGGAGCCUCCUCCUCUUCACUUCCUCCAUCAUCUUCACCUUACCAUUUAUGAUAUCAGUAUGCAUCAAAACGUUACAAGCCCUCUUUUUUCAAAUUCAAUUAUUUCCUUAAUUUAUAUAGAAAUUUAACUGAAAAAAAAAAAUGCCUUUUUCUUUGAAGACUUGGUUUGCUAAAAACGCAGCGGAGGGGUUGGUGUUGAAUUUUGGGGAGGAAUGGUAAUUCUUAUAACCUAAGGCAGGACUUUACCUAACCGAUUGUGAUGGUUUUUUUUUUUUAAUUUCCUUUUUUCUUCAUCACGCUUCCUUCUCUUUUGGGAUCUUCAAGUACUGUAAACAGAAUCUGCUUUUGGGAGACUAAAGACAGGGAGAAGAGAGAUCCAAGUGAAGCUUCUCUUCUCAAGAAAAAGAAGAAAGAAUUACCUUGUGAUGAAACGCUUUUUGUGUAGAAGACCAAUAAUCCAAGUGGCAGAAGCUCAUCCCAUUUGGUGUGCAGGUGUCAAUUCUCCGUGAAAUGCUUUUGCUUUUCUGGGAAAACUGCUGGGAUUCAAUCAGUUUAUAUUGUUAUGAUCUUUUCCUUGUUCCCACCGUCUCAUCACUCAGAAUGAAAAUCUCUUUCAUCAUCUUCUUCUUCUUUUACGUUUUGUUCUUCAAUGGUGCUUCUGCAACUCCUCGUCUCCCAGACCACUUCACCAAAUCAAGGUCACAGUCAACACUCCAACGACCCUCAGGCCAGGAGUUUUUCGAGCUGAGGCAACCUCUGCCGUCCGAUCAUCUGACCCCAGCAUGCACGGUUCCAAUUCUCGACCACUACUUCGCCAAUACCAUUGGUUCGCCCCCGGUGUCCGUACCGUACAAGCCUCCGCGCCAUUGUCAUGCCCCGUGGUCACGUGUAGUCCUGGAGGUGCACGCAGAUUGCAAAGGCGAGCAGUAUGAUCGCAUCGCCGCCGUGUGGCUUGGCGGCGUGGAGAUUCUGCGGACCAGCACGGCGGAGCCGGACGAGGCUGGAAUCUUCUGGAACGUUCAGAAGGACAUCACCAGGUACUCCUCGCUCCUCAAGCUGUCGAACCAGGACCUCACGAUGAUGCUCGAGAACAUCGUUGACGACAUCUUCACCGGCGUGUACCAUGUCCAGGUGUCACUUCUCUAUUACAAGGACAAAGGCGUUACGGCUCCAGCGGAUAAGAAUUUGGGAAGAGAAUUAGGGUUUAGGUUCGGGAGUCCGUGGAUUGCUCCUACACGGGUUGUUGGGGAAGCUCCAUUGAGUCUCUAUGAACCACCCGCCGACUUGAUCGUUCCGAUCUCCAACAACGGGGACCGCGGUUUCUGGUUUCGAAUCAACGGCGAAUCGGAUGUGCGAACCAAGAGAGUUCAAAUUCCGCGCAACACUCGCAGGGCGGUUAUCGAGCUCUACGUGUCGUUUCAUGGAAAUGAUGAGUUCUGGUACUCGAAUCCGCCAAAUUCUUAUAUCAGGAACAACAAUUUAACCACAGAUCGAGGCAAUGGAGCGUUCCGUGAGGUUUACGUGACUGUCGACGGCAAUUUUGUGGGCUCAGAGGUUCCUUACCCGGUGAUAUUCACAGGCGGAAUCAAUCCAUUGUUUUGGGAACCGGUUGUGGCGAUUGGGGCCUUUGAUCUUCCCUCUUACGACUUCGAAUUGACUCCAUUUCUGGGGCUUCUGCUUGAUGGAAACACCCACAAUUUCGGAAUUGGGGUGUCGUACAGUAUCCCAUUUUGGCUGGUGGAUGCUAAUCUGCACCUGUGGUUGGAUCAUCAGUCUGAAGCAGUUCAGGCGAAGCUUGUCAGCCAGAAAAGCCCUGCACUGACUCUCACGAGCAGCCAGAAAUUCAAGAGACUGGAUGGAACAUUCGAGCUAGAGGGAAGUAGAAAGGGUCGCUACGUGGGAUGGGUGAAAUCGAGUGAAGGGAACCUAACCACAAUAGUAUCACGAAAAUUGAAGUUCAGGAACGCUAUCCAAUUCCGAAGAGACGGAAACCACAAGACUGUUGAACAGAAAAUCAAGUCGAAAACACAAGUGAAAGUGUUGACAGAAACCCGGAUUCUGCUCAGUCGCCCAUUCAUCAAAUGGCGUUACCCCCUCAAAAUCAUCACCUCGACCAGACCGGGAUCAGGGCAGGGCACAAACUUGAUCACCACCAAUGUGACGGAGUCGUUGGGGAAAAGAUUCGCCAAUGGCAACAGCUCCAUCUUUGUUUACAAUAGCCAAGUUUGCGGGGGAUACAUGGAGGUGAAGGAUCACUCAGUUGUCUCGGGAGUUUCAGACACUACUCAGAGUUUCAGGGUCAGGGAUGGCUCCCGGUGCUUCUCCCGGGUUGUUGCAUCGACCAAUGGCAAGCUCUUGAGCGAUAGCUCAUCUACUUCUUGCGCAAGUUCUGUGUAGUUUCUUUCCCUCUUGUCCUCUCUCCUCUAAUGUAAUUGUGUAUUUCUGUAAUGUAUGAAACUACUCCUGCAUGUGUACCCUAACAAAACUCCAAAAAAUGGGUAUGUUCCUUUGUUUGUUGUGAA